UUCAGACACUAACUGCAUUUGCACCUCACUAAAAACCAUCGGCAGCUUCCAGUAAUAAUUCUUACCUGGAAAGGGCCGAGUUGUUAGCCUGCUUUCGGCAUCGUGAAUUUAUUAGUCCGCUUUCCGUUCUACCAAAGUUUAAUGUACCUAUAGAAAAUGCUUCGAUAUAUAGCAGUUAUCAUUGCUAUUGCACACUCAGUGAACAGUCAAAGGUGCCCAAAUGGAUGGCAAAGGUAUGGCGAUUCUUGCUACCUUAUAAGAACAGAUUUAAAGAAUUGGUACGAAGCAAGGUUAGCAUGUGAAUCAGAUCAAGGAGAUUUGGCUGUUGUUAAAACAGCCGAUGUCAAUACAUUUCUAACAGGUCUGAUAAAGAACACAGGCUCAUCUCAUUGGAUUGGAUUGCAUGAUACCAGUAAUGAAGGAGACUUUGUAUGGAUCGACAGUACACCGUUAGAUCCUAACACAGCACAAUGGAAUAAUGGUGAGCCGAAUAAUUACGGUAGCGGUGAAGACUGCACAGAGAUGAGUACAAACGGCAAAUGGAAUGAUCUAUUCUGUACUUACACUCGGCGAUAUAUCUGUGAGAGGUCUGCGGAUAUUCCAAUCAAUUGUGAUGAGAGUGAUGGCUGGUAUGAUGGCAACGGUAAAUGUUAUAAGUUUAUGAACCGGGACGCAUCUUGGGAUGAUGCUGUAAACUACUGUACAUCCGUUGAUGCUGAGUUAGUGAGUAUCAAGAGUCAGGAUGAGCAGAAUAUCGUCACCUAUAUGGUUUCCAUUCACCAAGCGACGGCUUGGAUCGGUUUGUCGGAUAAGAAUUCUGGAUCUGCCGGAAUGUACGAGUGGAGCAAUGGCGAUCCAUAUUCUUUAUCUGCUCACUACAAUCACUGGGCAACCAACCAACCAGACAACAGGUUUUACACACAAGGAGGUAAUUGUGUAGAAAUUCUAAACACUGCCAAAACUGGAGAAUGGAACACAGCUCCUUGUACAAAUCUUGCAAAAUCCAUUUGUAGAAAAGAAGAAGGCACAUGUGCUCCAGGUUGGAGGCUACACAAGGGUUAUUGUUACCAGUUCAACGAUAAUAACGCCCACACGUGGACAGAUUCAAAACAUUAUUGCGAGGCCCAGGGUGCUUAUCUCACGUCAAUUCUCAGUAACACCGAAAAUGACUUUAUUCAAAAGCAGUUUGAGGACUUAUCAACAGUUGGAAUAACUGACUACUGGAUUGGUAUCUCAGACUAUGCAAGUGACGGUAUUUUCCAGUGGUCUGAAGGUACAACAACAGCCGAUUAUAGUAACUGGAAUCCGAAUAUGCCAAAGAACGUGCCGAACCAACCCGAUUGUGGAAAAAUAUUUGUAGAUGACGCUGCUGGUAAAUGGGACUCGGAUAACUGUUUCCUUCUGCUGGCAUUUGUCUGUAAAGCCAAAGUUGGAACAAAUAUCAAGGCAAUUUCCCCCGUCGUUGGGGUUGGCUCAUGUCCACCGGGCUGGUCACUAAAUGGCAACAGCUGUUACAAGAUUACAACUGAUGCGGAUCUAACAUUCGAUGCCGCGUCUGCAGCAUGUCAGAACAUCCAGGCUGAACUUGCAAGCAUCCACGACGAGGAUACACAGUCAUUUAUGUCAUUGAAAACGGAAAUUGCACAGAAAUAUUUGUGGGUUGGUCUUCAUGAUACCAGUAACGAAGGGAAAUUUGAGUGGCUUGAUGGCACGCCAUACGAUUUUACCAACUGGGCACCUGGAGAACCAAAUGAUUAUGGUUCUGGGGAGGACUGCGUUCAUCUUGCACCCUGGGCGAAUUCUAUGGGAGAGUGGAACGACUUAGCAUGUACUGGGACUGCUGGCUAUAUAUGCCAAAUGCCAAAAACUUGUGAAACUUUAACAUCUGGGAGCACAGAUGAUCAGUACUACUACCGCUACCACGACUCCCCUCUUUAUGAAUCACGCGUUGAUUUCGAAGCAAAGGCAUCAAACGAUGUACACAUUGGUCUGUCGUCUGCCGCCAAUGACAUGACUGAAAUGUAUGAAGUUGUUAUUGGAGGAUGGAAUAACCAGAAUUCGGCCAUCCGACGUUGUAAACAAUGCUCAAACGAGGUAUAUGUAUCUACUCCAAGCAUUUUAAACGAAAACGAGUUCCGCGGAUUCUGGAUUACUUGGGAUGACGCCGGGAAGAUCAGCGUUGGCAAGGCAGGCCAGUCAGCAUUCAUGGAAUGGACCGACCCGAAUCCACUUACAAUUGCGUAUGUUGGCUACUCAACCGGCUGGGAUAGUAAUGGAGAAUUCCGUUUCUGCGAUUUAACUUCUGGAGGCAGCGUUCCCCCUGAUCCUCAACCUACUCCUAUCUUUAAUUCUCGUUGCGGACUUGGCUGGGAGUACGACGCGUUGAGUGGUAGCUGCUAUUUGUUCCGUACUGACGAUUUCAAGAGUUGGAAUGACGCUGAAUUCGUGUGUAACAACGAGGGAGGGUAUCUUACCAGUAUAACAAAUCUACAAGAACAAAGUUAUAUUAACGCUCGCAUUGUGUACAUAAACGAAGGUGCUCUGUGGACCGGAGGUAACGAUAAGACCACAGAAGGUGGAUGGCGCUGGUCUGAUGGCAGCCCAUUUGCGUACCUGAAUUGGAAUGCAGGUGAACCGAACAAUGUAGGCGCAUUGGGAGAGCAUUGUUUAGAAUUGUACAGCAAAACAGGAUUAUGGAAUGACCAAUCAUGUUCUAAUACUCUUGGAUAUAUCUGCAAGAAAGACGGAUACAUAGUAUCACAUUACAACACAUAUCCUAACUCAGCAAUUGAGGGGUACAAUAAUAUCCACCUGACGGACGUCUUCCCAGAAGACUGUGCAAAACGUUGUAUCGGAGAAACUUCGUUUACCUGCCGGUCUUUUGACUAUUACAAGAACUCCCAGGAAUGUGAUUUAAGCGAUAAAGAUAAGGAUAUGGUUGGCGGCCUAAAGACCACUUAUGAUGGAUCUCCGUACGACCAUUACGAAAGAUUGAUGGACGCUACAACCGAGAUGCCACCUACAACCCCGCCCCCUGGCUAUCGCUGCCGAGAUGGAUGGAACUCAUACGACAAAUAUUGUUACUUCCUUUCAAGUACUGAUGGAACUUGGUCUGAAGCUAGAGACAACUGUCGUGGAAUGGGAGGAGAUCUUGCUUCUAUUCACAACGACAAUGAGAACAAUUAUAUUAAUUCUCUCCAGACAGCUGCUUCAAGCGGUAAUAUUUGGAUCGGUUUAAAUGACUUGACGUACCAGAUGAGUUUCACAUGGAGUGAUGGGUCCGAUAUGGACUACGCUAUCUGGAACACAAACGAACCCAAUAAUCAUCAAGGAAGUGCAGAAGACUGCGUUGAGAUGUACACAAAUAAAGCAUGGAAUGAUAACGAUUGCGUGAACAGGAGACGCUUCAUCUGCAAGCGAAAGAAGGAAAACCUACCUCCAACACAAUUUCCUCCUACUCCAUCUGGAUGUGAUCAAGGUUGGAUCGCUUACGACUAUUCUUGUUACAUGUUUGUAAGUACGACGACAGUGACGUCAGAUUCUGCAAUACAGAGCUGCCUGAGUAUGGCGGGACAUCUAGUGUCAAUCAACGACAGGUUUGAGCAGACAUUCAUAUCCAGUCAACUAGGUCUUGCAAGUGGACAGUACUACUGGUGUGGUCUCGUGAAACAAGACGAUGGUUCUUACACAUGGAGCGAUGGUUCUUCGGUGGCGUACACCAAUUGGGACAAAGGGCAACCAGACGACAGAGAUGGUAAAUGUGUAGCAGUGUCGUCUGGUAAAUCGGCGGGACUAUGGUCAGACUCCGCUUGUGAUUCUUCGUACAAUUACAUUUGUGAAAAGUUACGUUUUGGAUUCACCGACAAACCCAUAGUUACAUACGACCCAACGGACCCAAGUAGCUCCGGAUGCGCUCCUGGUUGGAUUGGGUAUGGUAACAACUGUUAUCGGAUUAAUGAAGUUAGUACGACCAAACAAUUAAAGACGUGGUCAGAAGCUUCAUCAUUUUGCCGCGCACAAGGAGGAAAUCUUGCCAGCUUCCACACUUCGGCUGAAGAAAAGUUCAUAAAGAACGCAGCAAAAGUCGCUGAUUCAGCAACUGGAUAUUGGAUUGGACUCAGCGAUCAGACAAAAGAAAAUGGAUUCACAUGGACUGAUGGAACCCCAGUUGACUAUACAAAUUGGGAAAAUGGAGAACCUAACAACGUUAAUGAAGAAGACUGUGUAGAAAUGUUCUUCUCUACCCGUAACUGGAACGACAUCGGCUGCGAUCGUACGAGACACUGGGUCUGCAAAAUUGCCAAAGGUUCAAUGCCGGUCACGGUUGCUCCACCAAACACCCCAACAGCUUAUCCACUGUGUCCCGGCAGCGAAGGAUGGAUUCGAUACGAUAACUAUUGCUACUACUUUAGUAAGGCUUCUGGAAGUGGUCGGUUAUCGUGGCAGGAAGCCGAUGGCUACUGCCAUGUACACAACGGUAAACUCGCUUCCAUUCAUAAUGAGCCGGAGAUGAAUUUCAUAAACGAUAAUACUGAUAUCACAAUUAGUUCCUACUGGAUAGGUCUAAGAGAAUACGAAAUCAGGGGUGUCUACACGUGGUCAGAUUCUACGCCGUUUGAUUACGUCAACUGGGCGCCUGGUGAGCCAAAUGACUUCAACGGAGAGGAACAGUGUGUUGAGCUCUACACCUCAAUUGGUUCAUGGAAUGAUCUGAACUGUGGUGACAAGAUUCCAUUCAUUUGCAAGAAGCCGUUUGGAAGCAUAGUUACUAACGCUCCACCAACAACUGCUUUGCCACAGGGCAACUGUCCUUCUGGCUGGAUUGAGUUUAACAAGCGAUGUUAUCAGUUCCACGGAUCUAUCGAAUCGGAUCGCUUUGGUUGGAGGGACGCAAGAGACAAGUGUCGCAACGUCGGCGGAGAUCUUGUCACUAUACAUGACCAGCGUGUUAAUGCUUUUCUUACCACCAAGCUAAAAGGUCUGGAUUAUCGUAUGUGGAUUGGAUUGAGUGAUCUAACAACCAACAAACAGUUUCGCUGGACUGAUGGAACGACUGUGGAUUAUACAAAUUGGGCCGGUGGAGAGCCGAAUGAGGCCGGUGGAGGGGAAGAUUGCGUAGAACUGAUUGGGAGCGAGUACCAAGCUGGUCUGUGGAAUGAUAAUUCGUGUGAUAAAAUGAAUGGUUAUAUAUGCCAGGAUGCCUUUGAUAGCAAUGCCCCAGAGCCCCCGGUUACAAGUACAACAUGCCAAAGCGGGUAUCGACAAUAUUACGACGGUUGUUUCCAAUACGUGGAUGGUAGUUUUGAAUUUAGCAAGGCUAUAACUACGUGCACAAACCUUGGUAACGGUGCUUCGAUAGCAAACGUUGUGGAUGUCUAUGAACAAGCGUUUAUUGAGCAAAUCAUUGGUGACAAUGGAGGAGGAGAAACUUGGAUUGGCAUGGUUGACGAUAAGAUUGCCGGUGAGUAUCGAUGGGUGAACGGAUGGCCAGUGUGGUAUACUAAAUGGGGGAGCAAUGAACCAAGUUAUGGUCCUGGCGAAGGUUGUGUAAUGAUCGAUGCUAAAGGCUAUUGGGACGAUACUAAGUGCAAUGACCAGCAUCCUGUUCUGUGCAAGUACUCCCUAGCACCAAUACCAACCAACCCUCCUGACCUUCCUGGCACAUGCCCAACAGACUGGGAACCAUUCGGAAGUUACUGUUACUACUUUGAACUCAACGGAAGAUCAACAAUCUCAUGGCCUGAAGCCCAAUUUAGCUGUGCACGGAUUGGCGCGCAUCUUGCUAGUAUCCACACGAAAGCAGACAAUGAUUUCAUCUCGAAAAAAGCAACAGAUUCCGGCUUGGAUUUAUGGGUCGGCCUUUACAGAACAGAUGCCGGCGGAUUUGCAUGGUCAGAUAACACCCCAGUUGAUUACACUAACUGGAACGAUGGCGAGCCAAGUCUUAUCCAUAACGGUGAACACGAAAACUGCGUGGAAGUACUACGACCAUACGGUAAAUGGAACGACAUCGAAUGUUACAACAACCAAGGAUACGUUUGCAGGAUUGACAAGACUCCACUCACAGGAAUGACUACAAAACCAAAUGUUCCGAAAACUACACAGCGCCAUCGUACGAUUGUUAAGCAAACGACGAAGAAGUCAAAUACCGAAAGACCAACCCCGCCGCCUCAAAAAACAACAAGGAGACCACAACCACCACGAACGACGGACAAGGACGGCGGAAGUAAUGAGCAAACCCAAACUCCACUAGGAGCAGGUGCGAUUGCUGGGCUAUGUGUUGCAGCUCUGGCGGCCAUUCUUCUUGUGAUUAUAAUAACUUAUUUCGUUGCUGGCCGUUCGACGAGGAAACACAGCGAUCCAACUGGAAUGGGAAGUGUCGGUUUCGAUAACGCUUUAUAUAACGCAGGAUCAAAUUCAGUACAAGUAGACAAAAAAGAUUUAGAUUAUGACGCAUAAUGUUUUAGUUUUUAGCGUAAGUUCUAUGUACAGUCACAGUGUUUGAAAUAAUUAUUUUACAACGCAAAUCAGUUAAUGACAAUAAUACCAAAGAGUGAAACAGAAAACAAAAAAAUUGAGGUUGACAUAAUACCAUGAUAUGUAUUUUUUAGUCAUUAUAACACACCUAAACAGAUCCUGUCAUUAUUGAAUUUCGUAUCACGUGACAUUGGUUAUUUACACUAUUCGCCACUCAUCAUGAAAAUUUAGUUCCAUUCGUGCAUUCUUUGUUCCAUCGUAUUGUCCCAUUGCACCCACCACCUAAUACAAUAAUUUCAUUGGUUGAAAAAAGAUAGAAGAAACUUGCCUAUUUUCUCACUUUGCACCUUUGAUUGUCGCUAUAUAAAUAUUUGUUAUUAUUAUUAUUAGAACUUUUUUCAUUUUAAAUGGCAAAGAUCUAGUUCAGAUGUUGUAAAACGAAAAAUGAAUGUUGAAUAUACGAUUGAAACAUUCAUUAUUUAUAUACCACCUAAUAAAGUGUACCGUACUGUAUAAUUUACUGGCUUUGACUCAAAUUUCCCUAUCCUUAAGGGUCGGAGUACGCCCUUACUAAUCAUCACAAAGCGUCCUAUCGGCUAACAUUUACUGCUUUAUAGAUAUCAAAACUUAGCAUAUCCUUCCAAAUCAUAUACAGUAUUAGAAAUAUUGCCUUACCUUUCUUUCAGCAAGUUGUGAGCAUUGUAUAAGCUUAAUAACCCACACAAUAUUAUUUUUUCCCGUUCGUAUAAAACGUUCAAGCAAUGUAAAAUAAUUCAGUUUGUAAUUCAUUUUAUUAGCUCUGAAUAACAGAUACAAACAUUUCAAUGAUGUUUGCAAACUUUUCCGCAACUGGCAAAGAAUAGCAAUGGACAUUGAUGUAUGAAUGUAUUAUAGGCUCAUCUGGCUUCUGAUAUCAACGGAAAUAGUGGCCUAGGCCUGUAAAGUGACUUUUGGAGAAAUUAUGUGAAUUAAAAUUUUAAAAAAAAACUUCAA